AUGGCCAAAGGGAGACGCUUCAACCCGCCCUUAGACAAGGACGGAAGAUGGUUCCCUCACAUUGGAGUGACGCAGAAGACCCCGGAGUCCCUCACCAGCAUGAUGCUCAAAGAGCCCCACAACCCUCGUUUCUCCCGGCAAAUAGACGAGAAGCUGCCGCCCAUCUACAAAGCCCGGGAGAAGCAAGCGACCCACAACAACUUCCCCUUCUCCAUACACGACAACCGGCACAGCCUCCGGAGUUCCGGAUUCUACGUUGACUCCGGCCUGGGACGUAGGAAGGUCGCCCCGGAAAAAAGGCAACACGUUUCGAGAAAUUUCAAUCUCUGGGCGAGCGACUUUGUCCCGUCUUAUCUCGACGGCUUUUCCAAUAACCAGAUAUCGUACGUCUGCCCGGAGACGGUGGUGGUCCCGCUUUUCAGGCGCUUCCCACGACAGUACAGCGAGGUCUGGGGCACGUGGAAGUUUAUCCCCGAGCAGAGCUACGUGGAGUUCUUGAAAAAGAAGCCGAAAGUCCGGUUCGCUAUUGACAAAAAGGCCGCCUCUCCGCUGGAGCCCUUGUGCCUCCAGGAGAGCCUUGAUGAGCUGAGUAAGGCAGGCAUGUCACUGGGCAUUCCGCCCAGCACUACCAGUUAA